AUGGAACUCUCUGAUGCUCUGUGUGGCUGUCCGUCCUCUGGUUCUACCCCCCAGGGAAGCAACAGUAUCUGGCCCAGUCAUCAGCAACCAGGGGGUCCUGUCUGGCCGACACAGCCCAGCCAACAGCCCACCCAACCCCAGUCCCCAUCCUGCUGGCCUGAGCAGCCCAGCAUCCCCUGCUGGCCUGGUCCUCAAUCAUCCCAACCAGCCCCAGCUCAACCUCAGCCCAUGCCUUGCUUUCCUGGACACCCGAACACCCCCUGCUGGCCUGGGCAACAGCCAUCCCAACAAGCCCCAGGUCCGGCCCAAAACUGGCCUGGGCCACAGCCAUCACAACCAUCCCCAGCUCCAGCCCAAAACUGGAACUGGCCUGGUCCUCAACCAUUCAAACCAUCCCCAGCUCCAGCCCAAAACUGGCCUGGUACUCAACCACAACAUACCCAACAUACCCAACCAGCCCCAACCCAUCCCUGCCAGCCAUGCUGGCCUGGACCCCAGCCCCCGCCUCCCCAAUUACAGCCCCAGUCUGCACCCCAGCCUUAUCAACCUCCAGCCCCAAUUCAAGCCCAGGCCCAGGGCCCCAGCCAGCCCAGUCCCCCAGGGUGGCCAGUCCCAGGCUUUAACCCAGGCGUUAACCCAGGGUCUGGAUGGCCAUUCGGCCCUGGACAGGACCCAGGUGGACAGUCUAGUUGGCCUGAUCAGGACCCAGGUGGCUUCACACCUGCUACACAGUGGAAUCCGACACCAACUGGACAGAAUGUGCCCUACAACCUGAACCUACAAAGAGGCCUCUACGACAAGAUGAUGCUCACCAUCAUGUGCCAGAUCAAACCAAACGCUAAGCAGUUCACGGUGAACUUCCUGCGAGGUAAUGACAUCGCCUUCCACCUCAACACUCGGUUCAAUGAGGGGGGCAAGCAGGCAGUGGUGAGGAACCACAAGGUGGGAGAGCGUUGGGGGAAAGAGGAGAGGCACACACAGGGAGGCUUCCCCUUCAUGGCCGGACAGUCCUUCGAGAUUAAGAUUUUGGUUACGUCCGGCGAGUUUAAGGUGGCUGUGAACGGAACUCAGCUGUUUCAGUUUAAACACCGCAUCAGAGAACUCAACCAGAUCGAUCGCAUCAAUAUCCUCCAUGAUGUCAUCCUCACCUCUGUCAACGUAGACACGAUACCAUGACAACCAUACACAUGACAUCCCUAUAUUAUACAACACUGAGCAUAGGCUACAUGCAUAACAUGGUAUCAAUCUGCAGUUAAAGUCUUUGCAACUUUUUUAUGAUGAUGGUGAUAAUGGUGAUGAUGAUUAUGAUAGUGACGAGCUGCAAACAUAAUACUGCAUUAAUGCCCACUAACUCCACAAAAAAAACAAUCCUUUUGCAAAUGUGUGUAAUUUACAAGGUAUGAAGGACUAAGAACUAAGCA